AAAUCAUCCGCUAUGUAGGCUAGUCAUUAAAGAAAACCAAUUUGUUUCAGCAGACCCCGAAUUUGUGAUUGCUAAUCAAAAAUUAAGUAUGGUGGUAAUAGAGGACAAGCAUAUCAAAAAUGUUUGGAAACCAAGCGGUUUCGGGGAAACACAAAUUGCCGUACAGAUUGUUGCCUGCGGAAGUGAGAACAUACGUGCCACUAGUGAAGACGACUUUAGUGAUCAAACCUUAUUUGCUAUGCGCGUCAUCUCAACGUACGUGACAUUUUACAAAGCAUUUAUCCCUGGAAAAUAUUGGGCCGAACUUUAUUAUGGUCUACCCAAAGAGACAUCAGUUAACGUUCAAAGAUGGCCAGGGCAGAAUGGUAAGAAACGAGGUCUGGAUUUAGUGGAAGCAGAUGGGAGACGAGAAGUGCUGGGAGCAUUAACUAAAAUUCGCCAAUUUCUUCUGCGGAAUGAACGUACAAUACAAAAUGUGACGAUGAAUGAUAAUACAGACAGUGGUAAAGAAAAAUCAUCGAGUUAG